UGUUCAAAGUAUUUUUGACUACACCUUGUGCAGUCACUCUGAAAGUUGUUACACAAAAUAAAUAGUAUUUUUUUAACCCAAAAUGAGCCUUGAUCAACAACCAGCUGUAGACCCCCACAAUCCCCAUGGACUUGGUGACCCUAACGAUACUAGGUUGCGCAAAGUGGAGCGGGAAGUGUUGAUACCCAAGAUAAUGCGGGAUCGUGCCAAGACGGAAUUUUGCUCUAAGGAAGUCGCUGAUUUUGAGGAGUGCUGCAAGGCCAGCAGCAUAUUAAUGGUGGCCACCUGCCGGAAGCAGAAUUCAGCCCUGAGGGAUUGCCUCACCCAAUGGUACCAAAACGAAGCCUUUAAAGAAGAGUGUAAGCAGAUAUAUCUUCAGGAACGGGCUGAUUAUCGAAGCACCGGGAUACCAAAGAAGCAUCGCCUGGAGAGAAUGUAGACUCCUUCAAUAGUAGUUCCUUAUUGUUGUUUGCUUUGUACAAAAGUUAUGUAAUUGAAACGCCGCACAAUUGUCUCCGUUACUGUGGUUUUCCCAAGAUCCAGGGGUUUGGUUAAAUCGCUUGCGUGAUUGACAAUUAAAAGCAGUACAUCCUUAUCCGAAGUUUCCGCCACA